CUAUGCAGAAAGGUAUAAAAAAAAAUGAAAAAUCUGAAUUACUAUUAAAAAUGGCGGAGAAUUGAUCGAACCGCGGCGUCAUGGCUGUGUUUGAAAUGCCUGUUUUAAUACAGCAGGUUCAAUAAGGAUUCUUGUAAACAGUAGUGAAAAUACAGACAAUGGAGUCAAACUUUAGCGAUAGUAUGUGCCGGUGUUGUGCGUCCGAGGGUGUGUUUAAAGACUUCAAUAGCACCUAUCAAUGGAUGGGCGCAGAGGAGGUGUACGCCGACAUGUUGAAAGAUUGUUUCGAUAUUACGCUGACAGUAUCGGAGACUAUCAACAGUGGCGGCAUAUGUGAGGUGUGCAUUACCCAGCUGAGGAAUGCAUUCAACUUCAAGAAGCAGGUGCAGUACACGGAGGAGCAGUUCAAGAGGAAGAUUGAGGAGAUGAAGUUCAAAACUGAAAUAGUAAAGGUGGAAGAGGCGGGAGAAGAUGACUUUCCAUCGGACCACAACCUCUCCGAUGAUGACUUUUCAUCACCAGAAUACGACAUACCUAUAAUAAAAAUGGAAAGUAGUAGUGAGUCGGCAAAAUCAAAGAAACGCGCCACGAAAGGAGCCACGACCCGCUCCAAGAAAGCGAAGACCGAAGACGGAGAGACUUCGGCUAAACGGUUUGAUCGCCGUAACCGCAAAAUCAAACUCUGUUUGAACGAUGAACGUGCCCCAAACGGUCGUGAGCAAGGUGGAGACAAAAGCAAGGAAUAUGUAAAGCAAGUACUUAGUAACUCUAACGCCACCCCUUUUAAUUGGCACAAAGACUUAAGAUUCUCAUGUUACGUAUGCUCAGAAUAUUAUGGCGAUCCAGCUGACUUGAAACUACAUACACUGAAUUUUCAUACGUCGCAUGAAAUAGAAGAGCACAUUGAAACGAGUUUUGCGAUUAAAUUUGAUAUUACAACAUUGAAAUGCAACCAUUGUAAUGCAGAUGUUGAGACAGUGGAAGAUUUGUUGAAACACCUAAUUGAACAUCAUGGAAGACAUAUGGACAAAUUGGUUAAUAAUGUCUUAGUGCCGUUCAAAUUUCACAAUAAUUUGUCACUUUGCACUGUAUGCCCUGCGGAAUUUUUGAAAUUCUCUUCAUUAUAUGAGCAUACAAAGUUGCAUUUCCCCAAUCUCAAAUACGAAUGUUUGAAUGAAGGAGAGAGUGUGGUCAUUGCCAAUGUCAAUAAAGGCAUGAUGAAGCCAAGUCAUAACAAUAGACCAAACAAAAUUAUUGAGUGUGAUAAAAGGUCGCCAACAGUCUCUUAUAAAAAUAAAAAGGAAACAAAUCAAAAAUAUUCUUUAAAAACAGAGGUCCAAUGUCCUGUUCUCUAUACUUGUUCUAUUUGUUCAAAUAGUUUUUCCAGCAGCGAGAAGUUGGAUGAACAUGCUGAAACACAUUUAAGCAUAGAUGCUUUUUCCUGUAAAGAUUGUGACAUUACAUUUAAGGAAAAGUCUAUAUGGCUCAGACAUAUAGAGGUUCAUCAUGAUACUGUCCACACUUAUUCAGAGACUUUUUCCAGCAGCGAGAAGUUGAACAAAAAUGCUGAAAUACAUUUAAGCAAAGAUGUUUUUUCCUGUAAAUAUUGUGAUAUUACGUUUAAGCAAGAGUCUGAAUGGCACAGACAUAUGGAAGUGCAUCAUUAUACCGUCUAUACUUGUUCUGUUUGUUCAAAGACUUUUUCCAGCAGCGAGAAGUUGAACAAACAUGCUGAAAUACAUUUAAGCAAAAAUAUUACGUAUUCCUGUAAAGAUUGUGAUAUCAUGUUUAAGCAGAAGACUGUAUGGCUUAGACAUAUGGAAGUUCAUCAUGGUGAAAUCACUGUUGAUAAAUGCAAAUCAGAGGAAGUUGAAAGGAAUUAUCAAGAUUUAAAUGAAAAUAGAGUUCUUAAUUCUGAAGUAGAAGAUAAUUCAAACAAUGAUGAUAAUUUAAAUUUGAAUAGGACUGAAGUUGCGUUGAAACACAGACGGGGAGUAAAAAAGAUUGAUGAAACUGAAGAUACGACUUCUGUUGACAGGAAGAAACAACGUAAAGACCACAUGUUGCAGUAUCGGUUAAGUGUAUCUGAAAUAUUAAAAUACACAAAUGCCACACGUUUCAGUAAUUGCGUUGACAGAUAUAAUAAAUGUAGUUUCUGCGAUGAGUAUUACUUAGACCCUUCGGAGUUGAAGAGCCAUAAUAUCGAAAAUCAUAAUCACGAAGACAAAAGACGUCUAACAGCAAAAUGUAUGGAAGGAUCGUUGAAGCUGGAUGUAACAAACUUGCGUUGCUUACUGUGUGAUGAAAACAUAUCCGAUUUCACGAAUAUGUUGAAUCAUUUGAUUGAAAAGCAUGAACGGCCGAUCUCUUUGGUAGUAACUAAACAUAUAUUGCCGUUUUCGUUCAAUGACGAUGUCCUGCGGUGUGUGCAUUGCGAGAAAGAAUUUCCUAAUUACGGAAUGCUUUACAAGCACAUGAAUAUUCAUUACUGCAAUCUUCGAUGUGAUUAUUGUCAGCAAUGGUUUAUGAACCAAAGUCAGUUGCGUAGCCAUUAUCGUUACGCUCACGCGCUGGGUCACUUUGAAUGUAAUAUUUGCGAGAAAAAGUUCGAUACGAAGCUUAAAAUGAAAGGUCACGUUAAGAUGUGCCAUUUAAAACAUUCGCCUAAUCGUAUUUAUAAAUGUCUGUUGUGUAACGAACAAUUUACAUACUAUUCACACAAGCAGAAACAUUUGGUUGAUAAGCACGCUAUUAAAUCGUUUAAACAACAAUGUAAUGCGUGCGACAAAGUGUUUAACUCGACGCGGGCGUAUCUGAUCCACGUUAAAAGAGAUCACUUAUUGGAGAGAAAGCAUAAAUGCGAGCUUUGUGAUAAGGAAUUUUUCAGGAAAAGGGAAAUGAAUGAUCACUAUCUGAAACAUACAGGACAGCGGAGCUUCCAAUGUGACAUCUGCAAUAAAUUGUUCGCCAGAAAGACGACUCUACGCAGCCAUAUUCAAACUCACACUAAUGACAGGAAAAAAUAUUCUUGCACUGAUUGUAAGAAAUCGUUUGUAGAGAAGUGUUCUUUGAAAUGGCAUCGUCGAGCUAAGCAUCAAAGUAUUGAAUAGUGCUUUACAUAAUUUAUUGUAACGAUUACAGAUAUACUUGUGUCUUGUGCUUCCCCGGGGCGGGAAUAUGGAAGUCCCAGGCAAAUGGGUGUCGUACGAGGCAUUAAGGUCUUUUUGAUGUGUUAAAGUCGAGAUUGUUUCCCGACUACCGAUACACAAUAAUAUGACAGCAUUACUUAAAGAGAUUUUAGCCCAGGAGUGUAAUGGCUCUGGUAGAUUCGGUGAAUUCGUCCCCGAUAAUUUUUUCUCAUUCUCUCCCUCGGACCGCCUGUCGUUUUCUGGAGAGGGAACAGUACCAAGCAAGUUAUCCUUACUGCACGACACGGCAGUGCUUCAAGCCUGCUCACAUUCUAGCGCUCUUCAAAUUGUAGGUCCAUAUUUAGAGUAUUUCCUUCACCUCUGGUCUUUUGCACAAAAGUAUCAGCUAUGAGCUCGAACAAAUUGACCGCUGCCGGAUUGGUUCGGUUUGAUUCCUGCUGCCAAAUGCCACAUUAGAGCGACACGCCACAAAAAUUACAUUCAUUCCUCUGCUGUUAAUAGUGAAUGUGUGCGAAGGUGAUCAUUUAUAUAGCAUAAUAUAUCACUUGAACGUUGGGACAAAUUAUGAUAAAAUAAAUGUAAUGAAUUAAAUAAAUAAUCACAAAUACCUUGAAACUUAAAAUAACUGCAGUGUCUUAGUUUUUUUUUAAUCUAGUACCUACUGAAUGCCCUUACUGGUUUCUCACAAAAUAAUGGCAAUCGUAAGCUGAAAUGAAAAGUUUAUAGUAUGAUAUAUACACAAGGGUUGGGAGUUGGGACGAAUAGCAUGAUGAUCCAAAACUGAUCGCAUAUAUUUCAAGUACAAAAUAGAAUGCAAGGUUUAUUUUAUACACCAGAAGUGAAAUAAGAAGCGACAAAAUGUCAUAUUGAUUAU